UUCAGCCAUCCCCACCACCCUGCACCCUGCACCCUCCACCCUGCACCCUGCACCCUCCCCCCCUUCAGCUUCUGCUGCAAACCCUAGAACUCGCAUUUUGUGGAUUCUCCUUCUAAAGCUUAUUUAUUUAUUUAUUUCUCUAGUUUUCUCUACAGCAAACCCUAUGAAUUUUCCACCGUCAAAACCCUCUCCGGUCACGACGCUUAAUGGCAGCUCCGCCAACAGUACCAGCGUGAAGGCCGAAUGCAGCAACUGUGGCUUCAAAAACCGUUGGCUUCUGCACCACGUUCAGCUCCGCGGCGUCGAUCGCCGCCUCUGCACCUCUUGCGUCCUCCGUCUUCAUCCUUCUUCCUUCUGCCCCUCUUGCUUCGAAUUUUUCGAUCACCCUUUGUCUUCAACCUCCUCUGCCUCUGCCCAUCGCUUCCUAUCCUGUAUAAAAUGCUCCUCCCUCACCCACAUUCGGUGCCUCCCUUCUCCUCCUCCUCCUCAUUCCUCUUUUCUCUGUCCUCCCUGCUCCACUCCAAACUAUUUCUUCUUCGACCUUGACAAACCCAACCCUGGCUUAACUAAAACUCGGCCUGUCCUUGAUAAAAAGCUUUCCCUGGUGCUUCUCUGUGCCGCGAAGAUCGCUUCUGCGUCCCUGAACAAGGCUGUGACCGUGGCCAGAGCCAAAGCCGAUAGGACCGUUAGGGAAGCUGCCUUGGCUCGCAAGAGAGCUAAAGAGGCAUUGCAGAAAUUCUCCGUAGUUCUCAAGGUUCGGCGUAUCGAGGGUGCCGGGCGUGUUUCUGGGUCUAGGAACUUGGUAGCGAGGGAUAGAGAUAGAUUCUGAAGGUUACUGAUCCUGGACCGAAGUCUACCGGAAAAAACGAAGAUUUUAUUGGUUGUACAAGAUUCCAUAACACGCCUUCAUUGUCGCCCCAGGAUGUAUCGUCUGUGACUGCUAAAGAGGCUGCUCAGAAAAAUGUUGCUCCUGAUUCUUUUGGGAGUCGUUGGACGACUGGUGGGGAGGAUAAGUCUAAAAUCGAAGGUAAAUUAGGGAAUAAUGAGCGUUUAGAGAGCAGCUAUGGCACGAUGGUUGAUGUUAAUUCUGGAUGAACUUUAUUUGUUAGCUGAGAAAGGAAUCCAAACUUACCAAGGUAAGAGAAGAUGCACUGCCUCGCUAGCUUUGCUUGACAUCUUUUCGUUCUUGACUAUGUAGUCCAUGCACAUAGUUAUUUGGUGAGGAUU